AUGUCAAGAAGCCAGCAGGCAUAUAUUCACAUGCUUGCGUCCUCACUUGGCGAGAUCGCUGCAUGCGUGAUCCGCGUACCGACCGAAGUUGUGAAACAGCGCGCACAAGCAGGUCUGUUUGGUGGCUCUACGCUGCUUGCUUUGCGAGACAUCACUGGACUGCGAAGGACACACGGAGUGGUAGCCAUGAUGAAAGAGCUAUAUCGAGGAGGAGGCAUUACCAUCAUUCGCGAAAUUCCGUUCACGAUCGUGCAAUUCAGCUUGUGGGAGUAUUUCAAGACUGCAUAUUCAGCACGGCAGAACCGACUGCACGGACGGGAGAGCGGAGUAAGUACAACCUUAGAGAGUGCUGCGUUUGGAAGUUUGGCAGGAGCGGUUGCGGCAGGCUUGACUACACCUCUGGACGUACUGAAGACGAGGAUCAUGAUCGCUCGGCGGGCCACUGAGGAGAAUGCGGCAGACCGAAAAGGCGUCGUUGCGAUCGCUCGGCAGAUUUGGGCUCAGGAUGGCGCCAGAGGUUUCUUCAGGGGCUUCAUUCCCAGGGUAGGAUGGAUCAGCACCGGAGGAGCAGUAUUCUUGGGAUCUUACCAGUGGGCGAUACUUAAGCUCGAGUCGCAUUCAGUGAACGAGGCAACACUUGCAACAGAAAUAUAG